AUGGACGACAAUCUGAACGAAAACCAACAUAUCCAAUCGGAAUGGCUGAUCACAAUCGCAGAGGAGCUCCAGAAAGCACGUCUAGACAACGAAGUGAUUUUCGCCAGAAAACCAUGCAUUUACAAAGUCCCAAGGUACUUACGUGAUGCCGACAAGAAAUCCUACACCCCAAGCGUAGUUUCCAUCGGCCCUUACCACUACCAAAACCGCCAUCUCCACCCAAUGGAACGCCAUAAAUGGCGUGCCUUUUACCAAACCUUAAAUCGCCAUAACCAUAACUUCAAGCUCUAUCUUGACGCCAUCAAAGACCUUGAAGCAAAAGCACGUGGCUCCUACGAGGGUGAGAUUAAUCUCAACAGCGACGACUUCGUUAAAAUGAUGGUUCUUGAUGGUUGCUUCAUCCUCGAGCUAUUUAGAGGCAUAAACGAUGGAUUCGAAGAGCUGGGAUACUCAAAAGGCGAUCCUGUUUUCUCAAUUUGUGGCUCGUUAGAUUCUAUCCGAAGAGAUAUGAUUAAGCUCGAGAACCAGAUUCCACUUUUCAUAAUCGAUGAACUCUUAGCCCUUCAAAACCCCGAUGGUCAAAACACAGACGCACUAGCAAAGAUGGCGAUCCCAUUCUUCGCACCAUUGAUCCCAACGGAUGAACCCAUGAAGAAAGGUGGAGGCUUUAGCAGCUUCGAUCGACAGCCCCUUCACUGUCUCCAGCUUUUCAGAGAGAAUCUGGUCAGCAAAGGGUUAAUCUUACCAAAACGAACGAAAAAGUUAUGGAAAAGAAGGUUGACUCGUAAUGUUGUGGGAAAGCCAACCACACAAGUCACCUAUUGUGUAUCGCAACUAAGAGAAAGUGGGGUAAGGUUUAGAAAACGUCAAACUGAUCAGUUUUGGGAUAUAAAAUACAAGAAUUCGAUUCUUGAAAUACCUCGGAUCUUGAUUCACGAUGGGACUAAAUCCAUUUUCCGUAACCUUGUCGCAUUUGAAGAGUGUCAUCCAGAGUGCAGCAACGAGAUCACAGCUUACUUGGUUUUCAUGAACAACUUGAUUGACUCUGGUGAGGACGUGGGUUUCCUGCAUUACAAAGGGAUCAUCGAACAUUGGCUUGGUAACGAUGAUGAUGUUGCUGAUCUCUUCAAUGGGCUUUGUCAAGAGGUUGUAGCUGAUCUUAAUAAUAGUUAUCUUUCGGGGUUGACUGAUGAGAUAAAUAAAUGCCGUGACAAGCGGUGGAACACCUGGAGAGCAGACUUCAGGCACAAAUACUUUCGGAAUCCAUGGGCUUUGAUCUCGGUGAUUGCUGCUGUGGUGUUGUUGCUGAUCACAGUUCUACAGGCGUUUUAUGACAUUUUUUCGUAUUACAAACCGACUUCUUAA